AUGAACGGCACGCCCCUCCGCGCCCAAGCUGAAGCUGCUGGGAGGAGGAGGAAGGAGAUAGCGUGUGACCCAGCAUGGUGGCACGUAGACAUAGGUAGCACGUUCCUACGGCUGUUCGACGUUGUUGAAGAAGACAACUGGGUGAGGACGCUGCGGCUGGGCUUCCAGUGCGUGGGGAUCCUCUACGCCGACCUCGGCACAUCGCCGCUCUACGUCUUCUCCAACACCUUCAAAUACGGCGUCGGGCACAAGGACGACGUGCUGGGCGUCCUCUCCCUCAUCAUCUACAGCUUCCUGCUCUUCGCCAUGGUCAAGAUCAUCUUCAUCGCGCUCUACGCCAACGACGACGGCGAUGGUGGAACGUUCGCGCUCUACUCGCUGAUCUCGAGGUACGCGAGGGUGGCGCUGAUCCCGAACCAGCAGGCGGAGGACGACCUCGUCUCCAGCCACCGGCAUCUGUCGGCGACGAGGAGGAGGGCGCAGUGGAUGAAGAACCUGCUGGAGACGAGCAAGCCGGCCAAGCUCACGCUCUUCUUCCUCACCAUCUUCGCCACGGCGCUCGCCAUCAGCGACUGCAUGCUAACCCCUCCCAUCUCCGUACUAUCGGCAGUCAACGGCCUGAGACUGAGAGCGCCUCACCUGACAACAGAUCAGAUAGUGUGGAUCACAGUGGGUAUUCUGAUAUUGUUCUUCGCGGUGCAACACCUCGGGACCGACAAGAUCGGUUACACGUUUGCGCCGCUCGUUGUCGUGUGGCUUCUCCUCAUCGCCGGUAUCGGGCUUUAUAACCUGAUCAAGUACGAUAUCGGCACCCUGAAGGCGUUCAACCCCAAGUACAUCUUCGACUAUUUCCGAAGGAACAAGAAGAAGGGAUGGGUUUCGCUCGGUGAAAUCCUCCUUUGCUUUACAGGCACGGAAGCCCUCUUUGCUGAUCUAGGAUACUUCAGCAUAAAGUCAAUUCAGCUGAGCUUUAGCUUUGGCUUACUCCCCUCCGUGUUGCUCACUUAUAUUGGGCAAGCAGCUUACCUCAGGACGCACAUGGACGACAUGAUAAUAUCCAACGCUUUCUUCGAAUCCAUUCCAAGCACUUUGUUCUGGCCGACGUUCGUUCUCGCGCUUCUAGCUUCAGUCAUCGGAAGCCAAGCCAUGGUCUCGUGCGCCUUCGCAACCAUGUCACAUCUGCAAACACUUAGCUGCUUCCCGAGGGUGAAGAUACUGCGCACGUCAAGGCGUUACUCGGGCCAACUCUACAUCCCUGAAGUCAACUUCUUCCUUUGCGUGGCUUCUUGUGUCGUCACCAUAAGCUUCAGGACAACCGGUUUCAUCGCCAAGGCACAUGAGAUCUGCGUGGCUCUUGUGAUGGUGAUCACGACGCUGUUGAUGACGAUCGUGAUGCUCCUGGUGUGGAAGGUGAAUAUCUGGUGGAUCGCCGCUUUCUUCGUCGUCUUCAUGUCCACGGAGACCGUCUACCUGUCGGCGGUGCUGUACAAGUUCACACAGGGCCCCUACUUCCCGCUGGCCAUGUCGGCGGUGCUCAUGGUGAUCAUGAUCGUGUGGCACUACGUGCACGUGAAGCGGUACAAGUACGAGCUCCAGCACACGGUGUCGCCCGACGAGGUGAAGCACCUCCUCGAGCGCCACGACCUCAAGCGGGUCCCGGGGCUUGGCCUUUUCUACACGGAGCUAGUGCAGGGCAUUCCGCCCAUCUUCCCCCACCUCAUCGAGAAGAUCCCCACCGUCCACUCCGUCAUCGUCUUCAUCUCCGUCAAGCACCUGCCCAUCCCGCACGUUGACGUUCAGGAGCGCUUCCUCUUCCGGCAGGUGGAGCCCAAGGAGAGCAUGGUGUUCCGGUGCGUCGCUCGGUACGGCUACCGGGACACCCUCGAGAUGGCCGGCGACUUCGUGGCCACCCUCGUCGAGUACCUCCAGUACUAUGUCCGGGACCUCAGCCUCUACUGCACGGCCGAGCCGCUCAGAACAAGCUACCCUAGCAUUCGGAUCGAUAGCUUCAGAUGGGAGAAGAAGCCCUCGGGGCGCUCAGGGCGCUCGGGGCAUGGCCAUGGCAUCCAUGCCGAGGAGAUGCUUACACCAAUCCAGUCCUUCUCUGAGCUCACGAUGCAUCAAGUUGGUAUGAGCAACCGGCUGCCGCAAUUUCAGACGGCCAAGAUGAACCUAGAGGAGAUGUUGAGAAUUGAGGAGGACCAAAAGGUGAUCCAACGGGAGGUGGAUAAUGGUGUGGUGUACAUACUUGGGGAGACCGAAGUGGUGGCCAAGCCCCACUCCAACCUCCUUAAGAAGAUUGCCGUAAACUACAUCUUCGACUUCCUACGGAAGAACUCUCGAAAAGGGGAGAAGAUGUUGUCCAUUCCACGCGGGCAACUUCUCAAGUGGGGGAAAAAGCAACACCUUAUCACCAUGUUGGUUAAGCCAUAUAUAAAUCAAACCAACACCCUCAAGACUUUGUCCAUGAGUUAUUCAAAAUGCCAAUGUACAUACUUGAAAGCAUACAAGCCACUGAUAUACCAUGUACCUAGCCCAGAUGCAUGGACGAAGACUGAUACGAGAGACAUUGACCCUCCUAUUUUCAAAGAGGAAAAGGGCAUAGAGCGAACCAGAUGA